AUGAUGGUGAUCAGAACUCAUUUCCAAGCCACCGUUAUCAGAUCAUCACCUAUUCAAGAAAAAGAAAACACUCUCAAUCUCAGUGCCCAUGCACUUCCACCUUCAUAUCGGUCACUCAUGACAACUGAUGAUUCGAGGAUUCUUGAUUUCUAUGUUGAUGGGUAUCUGCAAGCUUCCUUUAACAAUGAAGGCUCCAUCGAGCAGAAUACAUGCUUAAGCAAAACAGUAGGCGGUAGGUUGAUCGCAUCCACCCUAGUCCAGGAAAGAUCCCAUCUCUCCAACGGAUCAAUGGAUAACCAUAAUCGUGGUUCGGGGCAGAUGAUGGAUGGAACCCAGAUCAAUAUAAAUGUAACUGCACUUGGGGCUAUAAUUUCUUUGGGUCUAAUGUACUUAAAGGUAACUCUUUGGCAGGAAGGAUGA